AUGGAUAGAUGCGAGACACACAACAAGCAGUUAAAGUUGGUAUGCUUGACAUGCAAACAGUUGAUUUGCUCCAACUGUAUUGCAUCGUCGCAUAAUAGACAUGACAUUGAUGAUGUCCUCAAUAUUAGACAGUCGUUGAAUGAGGGUCGUAGUAGAUACGCCUUUCGUUCAAAGUUGUUGUGGGACACUAUUCAAGCAUUGUCCACUACGUACGAUGAGCUGACUUUGACCAAGUCUGUCAUUGCCAAUCAAUUCAAAGAGCUACACGAGCUACUCGUCAUCCAAGAGCACAAGCUACACUCGCCAAUCAACACCGAGUUGGACAAGAUACAAUCAUACUCCAAAGACAUUGUAAAGGAGUUGAUUGAUAUACACUACAUUGUCAAACUAUCAAGUCCUCCAAGUCCAACAAGUACAAGUACGAGUCCAAGCCCAAGUCAUGGAUCAUUCAAUCAUGUUCAUGAUGAUGAUGCUGAUACUGAGAUGGACGACACAAGCAACUCAACAAGAUUGAUGAGAACGAUCAAGUCAAGCCCAUCACUCGAUCACUUUAUCAAAGUAUCAACCGAAUCGAACAUUGACAUGGCUACAUUGUCAGAGGAUAUACAACUGCUGAGGGUUGUACAACAGAGUGCCCAUACGCUGGAGACGUCCUAUCCAUUGAGGAAAAUACAAUCCUCGCAUUUUGAAUACGACCGAGCUACGAUGGACCGUAUAAAGGCCGACCUUCAGUUCGCCUUCAAACUGUGCUCUCUGCCAAUGAUCAACGCGCCAUCUGGUUACAAGGGCCACUUGAUCACCAACUCUAAUCGAGGUGUCUCUCUGUUCAGCCCGCAGUGGGUGCCAAAGCUCUUCCCUCAGUCGGUGCCAUGGACAUGGAAGGACUUGCUGGACAAGGAGACCGACCCCUAUCGAUGUUUCAAAUCCAUGGUUUACGGCAGAGGCAACGUCCACAUCUUUGACGCCGGGGUCUACACCAAGGCAUCACUGCCAGACCUCAACAAGAGUAUGUCCUUGCCUGUGAAGAAUCCAUACUUGCAAGACAAGACGGUAGCUUGCUACAAUGGACAUUGUCGUAUCUAUAUGAUCGGUGGCAACACGCGUUCCGAACAUAUCAACUACUUGGACAUUGAUACGGGCAAGUUUGGAAUGUUUCCAAAGACCGUGCCAGCACUGCCAUUGAUCCCGUACACCUUCUUCCAUCGAGGCAAGAUAUUCAUUGCGGGUGGCAUCGUCAAUGGUGCAGGCUACUCACCCACCAUCAUCACUGUUGACACUCAAACACUGCAAGUGGAGACGUUGAUCAAGGCAGACUGGCUGAACAGAAUGAGUGGAUGUUGCUUCGAUGGCAAUGACACCAUAUACUUGAUUGUAAAGGAUGGUUUCUACUCAUUAUCAUUGUCAACAUUGGCGUAUAACAAGCUGGCACCAAAGCCAUCGGCCAGCACAUAUAACUGUCUACACUACAUUCACAAUCAAGGUAUAGUACACGUUGGACCAUUUGGUGAGCAUGGCGUAUAUUCAAUCACCAACAACAAAUGGAUUGUUAACAACAGUUCAGAGAUAAGAGUAGACUACCUCUGUCUCAUUGGUGACUAG